AUGGCACUCCUCGCCGGCACAGCGUUGGGUCUACUUGUUACGGGCACUGCAGCAGCGGGCCAUCUGUUCCCGGACUGCGAAAAGGGGCCUCUUGCCAACAACACUGUCUGUGACACGACUGCAUCUGUUUCGGACCGUGCCAAGGCCCUUGUAGCUGCGUUUACCACGGAAGAGAAGUUUCAACUCGUAGUUAGCACGUCGCCAGGGGUGCCGCGCCUCGGCUUGCCAAGUUAUGAAUGGUGGCAGGAGGCGCUUCAUGGGGUUGCAAGCUCGCCUGGAGUUCUCUUCGCCCCCUCUGGAGAUUACUCCUAUGCCACUUCCUUCCCGCAGCCCAUCCUUAUGGGCGCAGCUUUCGAUGAUGGCCUGAUUGAAGCAGUGGCAACAGUCAUCAGUACGGAAGCCCGGGCGUUCAACAACGCGAACAGAUCAGGACUGGACUACUGGACCCCGAACAUCAACCCCUAUAGAGACCCCCGAUGGGGCCGCGGACAAGAGACUCCUGGCGAAGAUUCGUUCCACAUCAAGUCCUACGUACAGGCGCUCAUCAAGGGGCUACAAGGGGAUGAUUCGGACUAUAUCAAGGUCGUAGCCACAUGCAAGCACUUUGCAGGCUACGACAUUGAGGACUGGAACGGCAACGAGCGCUACGAGUUCGACGCGAUCAUCAACCCGCAGGAACUCAGCGAGUAUUACAUGCAGCCAUUCAAGGCCUGCGCCAGAGACGCCAAGGUGGCCUCCAUCAUGUGCUCGUACAACGCGCUCAAUGGGGUCCCAACCUGUGCGAGCUCUUACAUUCUCCAGGAUAUCCUGAGAGACCACUGGAACUGGACUGACGACGGCUUUUACGUCGUGUCCGACUGCGAUGCGAUCCAGAAUGUCUACAUGCCCCAUAACCACUCUCCUACACGUGAGGGCGCCGCAGCCGACUCCCUCGUCGCGGGCACUGAUCUGGAUUGCGGAACGUACUACCAACUCCACCUCCCAGGUGCUUACGAACAGGGCCUCUUUGAUGAUGCGGUUAUCGACCAAGCCCUUGUCCGUAUAUACUCGGCGCAAAUUCGGCUGGGAAUGUUUGAUCCGGCAUCGUCGAGUGCCUACCGCUCUCUUGCAUUUGCCAAUGUUAACACUCCGGAGUCUCAGGACCUCGCUCUCAAAGCUGCGGAAGAAGGUAUAGUACUCAUCAAGAAUGAUGGCAUACUGCCACUUCAGAUCCCGUCAAACGGGAGCAUCACCCUGGCCGUUAUCGGCCCAUGGGCCAAUGCGACCGCCGCUCAGAUGCAGGGCAACUACGCUGGCAUUGCACCGUUCAUCCAUAACCCACUGUACGCUGCGUCGCAGCUGGUCAACGUGAAUGUGCGCUACGCCGGAGCACCUGGCGACCCAACGACUGGCGGAUACCCGGCGGCACUCAGCGCCGCCAACGCCUCGGACAUUGUCAUCUACGUCGACGGGUCGAACAGCGGCGAGAGCGACGAUCGGAACCUGAUCCGGUGGUCUGGCGAGCGCCAGGACAUCAUGACGCAGAUUGCCGGGCUGGGCAAGCCGUUCAUCCUGCUGCAGAUGGGCGACCAACUGGACGAUGCUCCGUUCCUCAACCACGAGAACGUCUCGGCCAUUCUGUGGGCUGGGUUCCCGGGCCAAGCUGGCGGUGAUGCCAUCUUCAACAUCAUCACCGGCAAGACAGCGCCGGCAGGACGCCUUCCAGUGACUCAGUACCCGGCGGACUACGUCAACCAGGUCCCCAUGACGGACAUGGGGCUCAGGCCAAACGAGACAAGUGGGAACCCGGGGCGGACGUAUAAGUGGUUCAACGAUGCGACGGUGCCAUUCGGGUACGGACUCCACUACACAGACUUCUCGGUCUCGGUUGACGCUGGCGACGAGUCGAGCUGGGACAUUGCCGAUCUGCUGAGUGGGUGUGAUGCAGAGUACAAGGAUUUGUGCGCGUUCCAGAGCGUUACCGUGAAUGUCGAAAACACUGGAGAUGUGGCGUCCGAUUUUGUGACCCUGGGCUUCGUCGCCGGUAAGCAUGGCCCUGAGCCACAUCCAAUCAAGCAGUUGGUGGCCUACGAACGGUUGUUCGACGUGACUCCGGGGUCCACUGCCUCGGCUCAGCUGAACUUGACCUUGGGCAGCCUGGGGAGACAUGACGAGGCUGGAAACCUGGUAUUAUAUGCUGGAGAGUACAGUUUGCUAGUCGAUGUACCGACGAGCUCGGUUUGGAAUUUCACGUUGUCUGGGGACGACACUGUGUUGGAGGAAUGGCCCCAAGAUCCGGGAACCCCAUAG